AUGCAAAAUCCAGAAUCGAUUCAAUAACCACUCUUUAAUUAAGAAUGUCCUUACAAUUCUGUUCAACUUCACACUAUUGUAUUCAACAACGUCUGGGAUUAUUUGGUGCAUCUUUAAAAGUGCCAUCUACUAAAUUAGAGAUCAGAGAUCAGAUAAUCUUCGGAGUACUACAUGUGUCAUAACUGUCUCAAGGUCUUUGAGGAGUUCCAGCAAUUAUUAGAUCACACAGAUUCUGAAGAAACAAAGACCUUUUCCAAGGUAUUCGAUAAAAUGCCAGGACAUUCUAUACAUCUAUCUAAGCAGGGAAAAUGGGAUAUCAUCAAACUUAUCGAAAAUUACAAGGAAAAUUAUCUCGCGGGUAAGGAUUCGGAUACUGAUAAUGUGUUUCCUUCACAUAAAGCUGAUCCUCGCUUGAAUACUCCAAGAGACACAAUUACAAAAAUUAAGAAUCUAUAAAUUGAUAAAAAAGAGAAAUUGUAAUUGUACUUGUUACAAUCAAAGGUUUUAGAGUCAGCCUAUUAUAAAUUAUUCAAUCAUUACAAAGAUCUAUCUAUGAUCAAUAAAGAGUACCCUUAUAAACUAACAAAAGAUUCCUUUCACCAAUUAAUGGCUAAACACAAUAUAAAUCUGAGUCAAAAAUUGUAUGAACAAACCAAAGUGUGUGAAUUUAUGGAGACUGCUCUCACCAAUCCUGAGGAACAUAUUAUGUAUAUGAAUAGGAGAGCUAUCAAUAAGUUCUUUUAUCUAUGGAUAUUGAUUCAUGAAGACGUGAACCCCUUUCCUGGAGUUCAAUUUCAAGAACCUUGGGUUAUCAUUGCCAUCCCAACUUCAUCUGAACAAUUGUUGAAUUUAUCUGUCCAUAAACCUUCAGAUAAUACAGAUUUAUUAGAACUACAAAAGUAAUUGAAUGAAUAAUAGGAAAUAGCAAAAUAAAUUGAAUAAGAGAAAUCUAAAUUUGACCAAAAGAAAAUUGAAGAAAGCAAAGUCUUAGAAUAAAAGAUUCUAAAACUUGAAAAUCUUGAAACACAAUUAAGAAUUCAAUUGACCGCUUAAAAUAAGUAAUAGAAUGACUUUGAAUCAUCGAUCCUAGAUCUCCAAGAUCGCAGCAGCAAACUUGACCAUUAUUAUUAAGUCUAAAGAGUCAAAAUAUAAAAUGAUAUGACUAAUCAAUCUGAAUUCUUCAAAUUAGCUGAUUCUUUUGCAAAAGAGAAAUAAAAAUUACUCUAAAGAGUUGAGAUCUAUGCUGACAAAAGAAACAAGAUACAUUAUGAAACUCAGGAUCUAAAGGCUUAAAUCACUGAAUUGGGGGAGAAACUGAGACAAGAUGAAUAGGAAAGAAUGAAAAGUAAGACAAGAAGGAGAUAGAGAAUCAUAUAGGAUUUAUGUAUCAAAUGUUAAAAGAAUACUAGAGAAAUUAUUCAUUUCCCAUGUUAACAUUUCCUAUUUUGUACUUAAUGUAUCAUUUAGGGAAUGGUAGAAAAAAGAUAGCAAUGUCCUCUAGUUGCAAUUGGCCAAUGCAGAGAUUAGAGAAAUCUGGAUAAGAAAUUUAAGACUGUCAGAUUCAGCAAAAAUGAUUGA